UUUUUUCACCACUGACAUUGAUACUGGAUAGACGAUAGCACACAAGACAACUGUCAGAGCCCAAUAAUGUUCUGCGUUCUUGAAUAAAAUAAAUUCGAGUCGCAAAACUUAAAAACAAUAUAAUGUCUCUUGCUAAGAUAUUUUCGGUGACUUCGAGAGUUCGAGCCAUCAAUAGCAGUAGCUCUGUGCUUCGUCAUGCUCAGUAUAGUACACCAAGUGAGGGGAAACCUGAAAAAGUCUACCCAACAGAAGUACCUGGAUAUAAAUAUGUGAAUGCUGAGGAUCCAGAUAUGAGCUUUAAGGCUAUGACAGAUAGAGCUGCACAGACAAUGUUCUGGACAGAGUUGAUCAGAGGUUUUGCUGUUACUUUUGCUCAUAUUUUCAAAGAGCCUGCAACUAUUAAUUAUCCAUUUGAGAAAGGGCCCCUUUCUCCCAGGUUUAGAGGUGAACAUGCUCUUAGACGUUAUCCUUCUGGAGAAGAGAGAUGCAUUGCUUGUAAACUAUGUGAAGCAAUUUGUCCUGCACAGGCAAUCACAAUUGAAGCAGAAGAGCGUGCCGAUGGCUCUCGGCGAACAACGCGAUACGAUAUUGACAUGACCAAGUGUAUCUACUGUGGAUUUUGUCAGGAAGCGUGUCCCGUAGACGCAAUUGUUGAAGGUCCUAACUUUGAGUUCUCGACAGAAACUCACGAAGAACUUCUCUACAAUAAGGAAAAGUUACUAACAAAUGGUGAUAAAUGGGAGAGCGAGAUAGCCACUAAUAUUAAAGCUGAUCACCUAUACCGUUAAAUUGAGCAUGGAUCGUGAAAAUAAUGGAAUAAUCAUACAUUCUUAACACAAGUAUUUAAUUAAACUUUUACCUUUCA